AUUAGAGAAAAAUAGUCUCUGUAAUCUGUGGCAUGGAAUAUUUUCCAGCUGUUGCUGGCGCGGUUAUGAAAUUUGUAAAGUUUUAAACAAAUUUAGAAUUUAAUUUCUCUUUUUUUUUGUUGUAUCUUAAUUAUUCGUAUAUAAAACAUAUUUUAAAGCAAACGAUUGGCUACUUUUUUGGAUAUGUUAAAAAGUCCUUCGCUAUAGGUUAGGGGUCCCUCAGGAGCGAUGCAAGAGUGUGUGGCGCGCGGCGGACGCAUGGCGGCGUGGCGCGUGCACUCGUACGGCGGCGCGGCGGCGCUGCGGCUGGACGACGCGCGCGUGCCGGCGCUGCGCGCGCCCGGCCAGCUGCUCGUGCGCGUGCACGCCGCCGCGCUCAACCCGCUCGACCUCGCCAUGACCGAGGGCUACGGUGUCCGCGUGCUGAACGCGCUGCGGGCGCUGUCCGGUGCUGGCGGCGGUGGCGGCGGCGUGGAGCUGCCGCUGGUGGUGGGGCGCGAGCUGGUGGGCGUGGUGGAGCGCGCGGGCGGCGCGGCGCGGCUGCGGCGCGGCCAGCGCGUGUGGGCCGCGCUGCCGCCGCACGCGCCCGGCUGCCUGGCGCGCCUCGCGCUGCUCGACCACCGCUGGGCGGGCCCGGCGCCGACCUCGCUGGGCCUGGAGGCGGGCGGCGCGCUGUACGCGGCGCUCACGGCGCGCGCGGCGCUGCGCGCGGCCGGCGUCGUCGGCGCGGCCGGCGCGGCGCCCCGCCGCCGCCCGCGCGUCCUGCUGCUCGGGCUCGGCGGCGUCGGCCACGCCGCGCUGCAGCUGCUCGUGUACGAGGGCGCGCAGGUGGUGGUGGGCUGCUCGGCCGACGAGCAGGCGGUGGCGUGCGCGGCCGGCGCGGCGGCGGCGCUGGACCGGCGCGCGUCCGACUACCACCAGCAGCAGCGCGAGGCCGGCCCGUACGAGGCGGUGCUGGACUGCGCGGGGCUGGGCGGCGACGAGGCGGCGGCGCUGGCGGCGCGCGGCUGCAGCUUCAGGCGCUACGUGACGCUCACGACGCCGCUGCUGCACGCCACCGACCGGCGCGGGCUGGCGGCCGGCGCGGCGGCGGCGGCGGCCACGCUGGCGGCGCAGUGCGCGGCCACGGCGCGCGCCGCCGCCGCCGCCGGCGCCGCGCCGCUCGGCUGCCCGCCGCCGCACGUCCGCUGGGCGUUCUUCUCAGCGUCGGCGGACGACAUCGAGCUGCUGCGGCGGCUCGCCGAGCGCGGCCAGUUCUCGGUGCGCGUGGAGCGCGUGUUCCCGUGGUGGCGGCUGCCGGCGGCGGCGCGCCGCGCGCAGCAGGGCUCGGCGCGCGGCAAGCUGCUGCUCGACUUCCGCGCCGAGCCGCCGCCCGCCGCCGCCGCCGCCGCCGCCGCCGCCGCCGCCGCCGCCGCCGCUGCACCGGACGCGGCCACUGCUCACUACUAAUGUUCACACCUAGUGCCGCUGUAUCGUUUAUGUAAAUACAAUUGUAAAUGCAAUAAAAUAUACCGAUAGUGAGUCGUAUUGA